UUAAUUUUGACGUUUCUGUAUCACGACACACGAUACGCGAUAGUUUUCUGCUGCUACAAAUAAAAUCAUUAGUUUCAUUUAAAACGAGUUCAACUGUAGACAGAUUGUGCUAAUAUCAUUGUUUUCUCAAAUAAAACACGUUUGUACCUAUAGAAUUACCAUCAAAAGUAUCGUAUAUCAGGGAAAACCAACAGUUAAACAUGACAUUCCAAUCAGCGAUGCCGAGCCGGGAAUUCCUUUGGGAUGUAUUUAGGAGAGUUGACAAGGACCGCAGUGGUUACAUAUCUGCAGAUGAGUUGCAGCAGGCUCUGUCUAACGGCACAUGGAACCCGUUCAAUCCUGAAACUGUCCGACUUAUGAUAGGAAUGUUUGACAAGCAAAGCAGAGGAGUAAUAAACUUUGAAGAUUUUGGCGCCCUAUGGAAAUAUGUGACCGACUGGCAGAACUGUUUCCGUUCGUUUGACAGAGACAACUCUGGGAACAUAGACAAGAUGGAGUUGAAGAAUGCCCUCACCGCGUUUGGAUACAGAUUAUCAGAUGAAGUGGUCAAUAUUAUGGUCCAGAAAUUCGACAGAUUUGGCCGCGGGACCAUUUUGUUUGAUGACUUUAUUCAGUGCUGUGUCACUUUAUAUACUCUGACGUCAGCAUUCCGGCAGUUCGACACGGACCAAGAUGGCGUCAUAACGAUCCAUUACGAACAGUUCCUCAAGAUGGUAUUCGGAUUAAAGUGUGUGCCGUAAUGCCGCCGAUCGUGGGAAAACUUACAGGCCAACCGUACCCACCAAUAUAAAUAAAUAGUAACAAGGUAACAUUAAUAACAAAUACUUUAGGAUGUAUUAAUCUCAAACAAAAUUCUUUAACUCAAAUAGUAUUUCUUAUAAAUCUAUCAUUUCUUCUAGUUGUAUUUCCAAAAACACUUAGUUGUGCCCGCGGGUCUGCUCGCAUAAAUCUUUUCUAUGUGACUUGUGCUCAAUGUGAACAAAAAUUUUAUUAUUGUAAAUUUUAGUAUUUCGAAUAAAGUAUUAGAAAUUUUAUAUCCUGCUCUUAAUUGAAACGAAAUCUCAACUUGUCCAAAUGUAGCCAAUUGUUGUACCUAUUAUAAAAAAUAAUUAUUACUUUAAGGACUUCAAUUUUUCACUGUGACUGUGGCACAAUCGAAUUAAAAUUGUAAAAGUAUACUCAUGCGAGCUCAAAUAUUUAUCAGUGCCUAGCACAGUCUCUUGUAAAAGAAAAAAAAACUUUUUAGUACUGUUUUUCGCUGAUUGGAGCUUAUGAAAAAAAAAAUCAGCAUGGCCUUAUGUAUAGGAAAAUUAAAAAUGCUUUUAUUUAAAAAGUACAUCAUUUAAUUAUUUAAAAUAAGUAUAAAAUGUAUGUACUAAAGUAAAACUUUCCUUAUGUUUAGUAUUUAAUAUUUUUUACGUUUGGAAACUUAUUUUAAAAUAACUUUGCAAGUAUGCAGUUUCAAUGUAAAAAAUAUGACGAAAAUGCCUGUCUGGAAGUGACAACACUGCUUUCAAAUACAGUUAUUUAAGUAGUUUUAAGUUUAUUAAGUUUACAAUUAUGAAGCAAUUAUCCUCUAAUAUUACAGCUUAUAAAUAAAUGAUGAUCACAUUGUGUAAAGUAUAUUUUUAAUGUUUCAAUUAUUAUUUUUCGUAUUUAAGGUAAAUACACUUUUCAAUAAAUGUUUCUUAAUAAAA